UCCAGAAUCCUGUAAAGGAGAACCCACCAUGCUGCUGGUGCGCCAGCUCUUCGGGGCCUCGGCCAACUCGUGGGCCCGCGCCCUCAUCAUCUUCGUCCUGGCCUGGGUGGGCCUGGUCUACGUGUUCGUGGUCAAGCUGACCAGCACGCAGGGCCAGCAGGCCGCCGGUGAGAGCGAGCUGAAUGCCCGGAGGAUCUCGCAGGCGCUCCAGAUGCUGGAGCACACGCGCCAGCGCAACGAGGAGCUCAAGCAGCUCAUCGACGAGCUGAUGAGCGACCAGCUGGACAAGCAGAGCGCCCUGAAGCUGGUGCAGCGGCUGGAGAACGACGCUCUGAACCCGAAGCUGCCCGCCGAGGUCGCCGGCCCGGAACCAGAAACCAUGUUCGAGUCGGCGCCCGCCGAUCUGCGCGGCUGGAACAAUGUGGCCGAGGCGAAUGGGCCGCCCAACGAUCUCCUGGAGAUCCAGGAUCACGGCGCUGAGUUCGAGCCCAGUCUGGAGUACGAGUUUACGCGCCGGCGCAUCCAGACGAACAUUGCCGAGAUCUGGAACUUCUUCAGCAGCGAGCUGGGCAAGGUGCGCAAGGCGGCGGCCAGUGGCGGUCAUCCCAAUGCCGAUCUCGAGGAGUCCAUCAACCAGGUGCUGCUGCAGGGCGCCGAGCACAAGCGCUCGCUGCUGAGCGACAUGGAGAGACUGCGUCAGUCGGAUGGCUAUGAAUCCUGGCGCCACAAGGAGGCACGCGAGCUAAGCGACCUGGUGCAAAGGCGCCUGCACCAUCUGCAGAAUCCCAGCGACUGCCAGAACGCUCGCAAGCUGGUCUGCAAGCUCAACAAGGGCUGCGGCUACGGCUGCCAGCUGCACCAUGUCGUCUACUGCUUCAUUGUGGCCUACGCCACCGAGCGCACGCUCAUCCUGAAGUCGCGCGGCUGGCGCUACCACAAGGGCGGCUGGGAGGAGGUCUUCCAGCCGGUUUCCAAUAGCUGCCACGAUGCGGGCACCGCCAACACGUACAACUGGCCGGGCAAGCCGAACACCCAGGUGCUGGUGCUGCCCAUCAUCGACUCGCUGAUGCCGCGACCGCCGUACCUGCCGCUCGCCGUCCCCGAGGAUCUGGCGCCGCGCCUGAAGCGCCUGCACGGCGACCCGAUUGUCUGGUGGGUGGGCCAGUUCCUCAAGUAUCUGCUGCGCCCGCAGACGACGACGCGGGACUUCCUCACCGCCGGCAUGCGAAACCUCGGCUGGGAGCGUCCCAUUGUCGGCGUCCAUGUGCGUCGCACGGACAAGGUGGGCACGGAGGCGGCCUGCCACAGCGUGGAGGAGUACAUGACCCAUGUGGAGGACUACUACCGCACGCUGGAGGUUAAUGGGAGCACAGUAGCGCGUCGCAUAUUCCUGGCCUCCGACGACGCCCAGGUGAUUGAGGAGGCGCGUAGGAAGUACCCGCAGUACCAGAUCAUCGGCGAUCCCGAGGUGGCGCGCAUGGCCUCCGUAUCUACGCGUUACACGGACACGGCGCUCAACGGAAUCAUACUGGACAUCCAUCUGCUGUCCAUGUCCGAUCACCUCGUGUGCACCUUCUCGUCGCAGGUGUGCCGCGUGGCGUACGAGAUCAUGCAGACGAUGUAUCCGGAUGCGGCGCAUCGGUUCAAGUCGCUGGACGACAUCUACUACUACGGCGGCCAGAAUGCCCACAAUCGGCGCGUCGUCAUCGCCCACAAGCCGCGCACGCACGAGGAUCUGCAGCUGCGGGUCGGCGAUCUCGUCUCGGUGGCCGGCAACCACUGGGACGGCAACUCGAAGGGCAAGAACACGCGCACCAACCAGGGCGGCCUCUUCCCCUCGUUCAAGGUGGAGGAGAAGGUGGACACCGCCAAGCUGCCCCUCUAUCCGGGUGUUUAAUCCAUUUAGUUGAUUGAUCUGUGAAGCAUUUCGGCCGCAUUCCGCCUGGAACCUGCCUGGAUCUAUCGAAUGUCCAGAAUCUCAAAUGAAAUCUCGCUCCUUCUCUUUUAUAUUUGACACUUUCUGAUCUGAUUCUUAUUCUUAUUCUGCAUUUGUACAAGUCUUUUAUUAAGUUGUAAGUCUAAAGCCGAAGAAAUUAUGUUGACAAGGAUAUACAUAAAUAUAUAUAUAUAUAAAUAAAUUAUAUAUAGGAGUGCAUGUAGGUUCACUAAGCGCAAUAUAGUCUAUCACCUGUAAAAUAGUUGAAAAGAAAAACCAAGAAAACAAACUAAAUCUGAUUAAAUUCAAGCGUCAAUAGUAAAAUAAAUAAAUAGUAUUGUUUUAAAAAGAUAA